AUGGUCAGCCCCUUGCCAGCUGAUCGUGGCUCAGAGGGUUCAUGUCAACCAUCUGCAAGUGCAAUAAUCAACUGGAGGGUUGGCAAAAUCAUCACGUUAGAUCAAAAGGAUGACCAGAAAGUUUCUUCACCAGCGCUUUCUAUCCCCAUUAGCGAUCACUCUAUAGUAGUGCCAUAUGGGGCUAAAAAACUAGCGGUUACGGGAUCGUAUACGAAAACCGUAUCUUUAACAGCUGACGUUCUUAGAGAGUACCGAGGAUAG